UGCGCAUAAAAUUUCACAUAUGCAAAAAAAAAACGAAUAUUCUUAAUUACGAAUAUAUAAUGCUAUAUUCUUCAUAUUCGCGAAUUCGCGAAUAUGCGAUAUUCGCGAUUAUCAUUCGAAUUGCGAAUAUUCGCGAGCAACACCAGUGUCUAAUACUCUUAUGCCCUCCAAGUAAUAUUUCUCCCCAAUGACUCUAAUUGUAAUCAGAUUAAGCUAGAAACUCCACCCUGAUCCAGCAAGGUUAAAAGGCAAAAUUCUAUUGGAUCUGACAGCAAGAAUGGUGGUGUAUGUAGUGCUUUUCUUGCUAGUACAACAACUAAGAUAUUGCUUUGUUCUUUUCUGUCUGGUGGGAUCAAAGGGGGCUGGAAUCAGACAGACUAGGGGUUAACCAAAUCAUUUAAACACUUUUACUAGUCAUUUCCAUACCAAUAAGUUUGACAUUAGAUGCCAAGUACUGUAUAUUGACCCCUUAGUAGAUGGGUUAUUUUUCAUUCCAGAUUAGCUAUGGUGCCACAGACCCUCUUCUCAGUAAUAAGGUAUUAUUUCCAUACUUCUACCGCACUGUCCCAAGCUCAGUCCACCUGCACAAUGCAUUGAAUUCUGUGCUGAAGCAUUUUGGUUGGACUUGGGUUGGAAUUGUUUAUUCAGACGUUGAAAGCAAUGAAAAUGCAAUCCAGAAGUUAAAAUUUUCCAUUACGAUAGGAGGGGGUUGUGUUGAGUUCACAGAAAAGUUCAGAAGCUCCUCUAACUACAUGUUCUCUGAACAUAUACGAAUAGCCAAAGUCAUUUCUGACUCCUCAGCAACCAUUAUUGUCUUCUGGGCUGACCUGGAGUUUACGUAUAAUUUAUACUUAUUGCUACAUCGACUAACAAGGACAAAGAAAGUCUGGAUCUUCCUCACAGACAUGGAGCAUCUUCUCCUCCCAACCAUAGACAAUCUGGACCUCACUCCCUUUCAUGGAAACUUGGCAAUUCAGAUGAAAAAAUUGAAAAUUCCCAAACUCAUGCCUUUUCUCUGGAAUAUCACUUUGGACCAAUAUACCUUCUGCAAUUUUAUUUUUUUCUACAAGACCAUUUUAUAUAAUUGUAAACUAUUUAAUAAUGGUCCUCUCUAUCAUACAUGCAUACAUGACCAGUCAAAGAAGAUGAAGUUGAUGGGUUUAGAGACACUGGUGGAGAGUUAUCGAGUCUAUAAUGCCAUAUAUGCCUUGGCAUAUGCCUUUCAGAUGUUUCUGGUGUCAAAGUACAGGAAGGAUUUGCACAAAGAGGGUGCAGUGCUAUCUUACCCUCAUCCUUGGAAGAUUCAUACAUUUCUGAAGAUAGUACAUUUCACUAAUACCGCCGGAGAGAAGGUAUACUUUGAUGAACAUGGAGAUGCUGCUCCUUCCUAUGAUCUGGUUAAUUGGGUAACCAAAUGUAAGAAGAAACUUAUCCAUGUUCGUGUUGGAAACAUCACAUCUAGCAACGAAGAAAAUCUGUUUGUUAAUACAACUUCUAUUGUAUGGGCUGUUCACGAUGCCCAGACCCCACCACGAUCUGUUUGCAGUGAGACCUGUCCAGUAGGGUCCAGGAAAAUGAUUCUUCAAGGAAAGCCGCCCUGCUGUUAUGACUGCGUCCCUUGUUCCAGAGGACAGGUGACCAAUCACACUGAUAUGAUCAGUUGUUGGAAAUGCCCAGAUGACCAAUGGCCAAAUGAGAAGAAAGAUAAAUGCAUUCGGAAACAAGUGACCUUUCUGUCCUACAAAGAAUCAUUGGGUACAACCCUUGCUAGUAGUGCCGUUGUGCUUUCCUUCGCUUCUCUGUCCACCCUUGCCAUCUUCAUGCAUUAUCAGAACUCUUCCAUCAUUAGGGCCACAAACAGGAACCUAAGUUUCCUUCUUCUUUUAUCCCUCUUUUUUACAUUCUGCAGCUGUCUGGUCUUCAUUGGAUAUCCAGGGCACAUAACUUGCUUAGUACGUCAAAUCAUUUUUGGACUGUCUUUCACAGUUUCUGUGUCUGCCUUGUUGGCAAAAACUAUACUUGUGGUUCUGGCAUUUCAAGCUAAAAACCCUGGAAGCCGUCUGAGAGGUUUCUUGGGGCAAAAGCUACCAUGCUCCAUUGUUGGUUUGUGCUUCUCUAUUCAGGCUCUUAUAUGUGCCUUCUGGUUGGGUACAUGCCCUCCUACCCAAUAUAUUGAUCUCCACUCACAGCCAGGUCAGAUAGUCGUUGAAUGUGAGGAGCACCUUGGCUUCUAUGUAAUGCUGGCAUACAUUGGUUUUCUUGCAUUGGGAUGUUCUAUUAUAGCCUUCCCUGCUAGGAACCUACCUGGCAGAUACAAUGAAGCAAAGUUCAUUACAUUCAGCAUGGUGGUCUUCUUCAGUGCCUGGAUUACCUUCACACCAGCGUACCUGAGCACCAAGGGGAAGUACACAGUAGCUGUAGAAGUAUUUGCCAUCCUGGUAUCUGCAGCUGGGGUUUUGGUCUGUAUUUUCUUUCCCAAAUGUUUUGUAAUAUUUUCCACACCAAACAAAAUGUCUAAAAAAUGUUUAAAGCUACCUACAAAACGCACCAACCAAAGAUUUAAAUAAAGACGAGAUUCAAAUAAAGACGAGAAAAUUUGUGUAACAUAUCAAGCAAAAUGCACCUAAAAUAUCCCAGUUUUUACUUUAUCCACUAAGGUCCUAUUCACUGUUAGGGACCGACCAACGGACAGGGAGAGUGAGCCCUAAACUGACCCUAAAACCACUCUCCCUGCCUUCUUGCCCAUCCACCCUAACCGGUGGAUCGACAACUGGGCGCCGGUCCCUUCCUGAAUUAAGUGCAGGGGCCUAAGAAAAACACAUACUAAUAAAUAGUCGGUCACAAACCAGAAACAUAACAGGAUCAUAGAACUCUAGAAAAGAUUAAGUUCAGAGGACACUAUGGUUCAGCGGUCAUGAACAGAGGACACUAUAGAUACAUGGUCGUGAACAUAGGACACUAUAGAUCAGUAGUCAUAUGUACAGAACUCCAAUGAUCUGAAAACAAGAACUAAUAAACAGAGUUCAAAACACCAGACAGGAAAAUGGAUAAAUCAACAGACUUUAGGAACAGACAAGAAUAUAGCAUAAUCCCCCGAACAUCCAGUAGACAAAAAGUCCCCAUGGACCAGAAACAGGGAUAUAUCGCUAAUCAGGAAUACUUGCAUUCCCUUAGCAAAACCUUCAGUUGACACGAAGUCCCCAUGGACAGGUAAUAGGGUUGCCUAGAUACACAGGAUAUAUUUAUAGAACACUGUUCACACUGGACAAAAUACAGCAAUAGCAAUCCCUCCGAACACCCCAGUAGACAAGGAGUGGUAACAGGGAUGCAACAUAGGACACUGUUCAUAUUGGGCACACAAACUGGACACUACACUCCACUAACGAAGUAGCCAUUAAUAAUAAAUCCAAAUAGACUACCAGCCAGCGGCACACUCCACCGUGUGGUCGGGAUGCUGGCCCAAUAGGAAAACAGAAAUAUAUAAAACAGAACUUCACUUAAAUGGAUACAAGAGAAAACACAGUGUGAACAGACACAUAGCAGAAAGGAUAAACAAAUCCUAAAACCGACUAUACAAACACAGCUUAAAGGGGUACUCCGGCGCUAAGACAUCUUAUCCCCUAUCCAAAGGAUAGGGGAUAAGAUGCCUGAUCGCGGGGGUCCCGCCGCUGGGGACUCCAGUGAUCUUGCACGCAGCACCCCGUUAGAAUCAGUUCCCUGGGCGUGUUCGCUCCGGGUCUGAUUACUGGCGAUGACGGGGACAGAGCAUUGUGACGUCACGGCUCCGCCCCUCAAUGCAAGCCUAUGGGAUGGGGUGUGACAUACAAGGUGCAUGCUAAAACCACAACUAGGAGCACAGAGGCAGAGACUUAUCAAAAUUUGUGCAAAGGAAAAGUUGGC